UUCUCGUUAUUAAUACAUUCACUGUGUAAUUUACAAAUUUAUAAACAGGUUUUACCAAAAUCAGUCAACUUGUAAAUCUUCUUUUUAACAAUAAGCGAAAGUAUUCUUUCUAUGUCUAUCAAUGUAAAGGAAAUCUAUUAGUGUUAAGUCAAUUUAUGAAAUGUUAUUGUUCAUUUUUCUGAAGUCGUCGCAUGAAAAGAGAUACGUGUGUGCGUGGAUCUGUGGGCGGAAGGAGGGGAGCUCAUAUAAAGCAACUCUUCUAGGAAGAAACGCAAUGCUUCAGAAGCCAAUGUCACGCGAGAACGUUGUACCAUCUAGUCUCUCGGUUGUUCUAUUUAUUUAUCUACUGUAAGAAAAAUUCACGUUCUGCUUCGACAUUGCUAAAAUCAUCCGCUUAAUAUUAUUCUAAAAUGUGUGACGACGACGUAGCUGCGUUGGUGAUUGACAAUGGAUCGGGAAUGUGCAAAGCCGGGUUUGCCGGGGAUGACGCACCUCGAGCCGUGUUUCCCUCCAUCGUUGGAAGACCCCGGUAUCAGGGCAUUAUGGUCGGCAUGGGACAAAAGGAUAGUUACGUAGGCGACGAGGCUCAAAGUAAACGGGGAGUUCUCACUGUUAAAUAUCCUAUAGAACACGGUAUCGUCACCAAUUGGGACGACAUGGAGAAGAUCUGGCAUCAUACAUUUUACAACGAGUUGAGAGUCGCGCCGGAGGAGCAUCCCGUUUUGUUGACGGAAGCUCCCCUGAACCCUAAGGCCAACCGCGAGAAAAUGACGCAGAUCAUGUUCGAGACCUUCAACACUCCGGCUAUGUAUGUUGCCAUUCAGGCUGUCCUGUCUUUGUAUGCGUCAGGACGUACGACUGGUAUAGUGCUGGAUAGCGGCGAUGGGGUAUCUCAUACAGUACCGAUUUACGAAGGAUACGCCUUACCUCAUGCGAUUUUGCGCUUGGAUCUGGCCGGCCGCGAUUUGACCGAUUACUUGAUGAAAAUUCUGACCGAGAGAGGCUACACCUUUACAACUACCGCCGAACGUGAAAUCGUGCGUGACAUCAAGGAGAAGCUGUGUUACGUGGCCUUAGACUUCCAGCACGAAAUGGCGACAGCUGCCGCAUCGACUGCAUUAGAGAAGAGCUACGAGUUACCGGACGGCCAGGUCAUCACAAUCGGCAACGAGCGCUUCCGUUGCCCGGAAGCAAUGUUCCAGCCGAGCUUCCUGGGUAUGGAAUCCUGCGGCAUACACGAGACGACGUACAAUUCGAUCAUGAAGUGCGACGUCGAUAUCCGCAAGGAUUUGUACGCUAAUUCGGUGCUCUCGGGCGGCACUACCAUGUAUCCGGGCAUCGCCGAUCGGAUGCAGAAGGAGAUAACGACCCUCGCACCGCCCACCAUGAAGAUCAAAGUAAUCGCGCCGCCCGAAAGGAAAUACUCGGUGUGGAUUGGCGGCUCGAUCCUCGCCAGUCUGAGCACGUUCCAACAAAUGUGGAUCUCUAGGCAGGAGUAUGACGAGUUAGGACCGUUCAUUGUGCACAGAAAGUGCUUUUGAGAUGCCAUCAUCCAGAACGCUUCUCAACCGAUAUUAAUCUUUAGUGGACCGUAUGCAAAAUAACUGAAACAAUAUUUAUUUUCUGAGUAAUAAUUUAUUACUUCCUGAGUAAUAAUUUUCUUGUUAUAUGUUUCCUCACCCUUCACGCUUCUUGAAAAAUUUUUACUCGCCAAUAGUUUUUUUAUCCUUGAUCUUUUCCUUGAUAGAUGGACUUUUUUUAGCAUUGAUUCGCAACGAGUGAAUGCUACGUCUAAUUAUCGUCGAUUCUCGUUUCAUUGCAUUCGCACGUGCGAAUUUUACAGAUGAAUAUUUUUAUUGCUUUAAACGUUUGAAUCUAGGAAUUUGUGCACAUUCAAUGAAGCCAUUGAUUCGUCAAUGUCCUUUUUUAUUUCUAAAAUGUACUCGAUGUCAUAUUACAUAGCAGGACGUAUAAGGCGGAUGUGACAUUGGAGAGUUCUCCCUACGUCCCUCUUAGAAACUUUCAUACAACUUUUGACACACAGUACAUCUGCCGACAUAACAAAAUUCUCUUUGUUGACGCAUAUACAUUAGAAAAUAAUAAUUUACAUAUUUUUUCUCAUAGAAUGUUAUGUGUCGCAUAUAUUUAUAAAUGUACUAAGAACUCAAUCAGUAAUUCCACAGCUAGAAAAGUUGUCAUUUACAGGAUAUUGAUAAUUACAUAUCAUCGUAAUUACGUAGCAUCGAAUGCUGUUUUGUUCAUGAAAUUCUAUUAAUUUUCAUGGACGGUUAAUAUAUUAUCUUACAGAAUAUAUAUAUGUAUAUAUAUAUAUUCCU